AGGUAAAGGAAGAAGCAGAGCAAAAGCGAAAAUCAUUCUCCGCACGCAAAUUGUGUUUUGCUUUAAAAAUUAUUAAAUAACUAUAUUAAAAUGGCUACAGUGGAGUCUCUUUACAAGGAGCUUACGGCUGAAUGGACAAAGAAACCGCCAAAUACGCCGAAAUGUGGGCAGCUGUUGGAUCAGCUGAAAGUGGCGCUGGUAAAAUUGGCUUUUCUGCCCACAGAUGGCAACGAUGCCCAAAACUCAAAGCGACAACUUUUGCUGGCCCGCUCCGUGUUGGAGGUGGCCGUGGAGCACAGUGUGCUCAGCAAGGAUCUGCUCGCCUUCGAACGGUACAUGUCUCAGCUGAAGUGCUACUACUACGACUAUGCCAAAAUCAUCGGCGAAUCGGAUAACAAAUACAAAUUACUUGGCCUCAAUUUGCUGUAUUUGUUGUCCGGGAAUCGUGUCUCUGAUUUCCACACCGAGCUGGAACUGCUCUCGGUUGACAUCAUUCAGCAUAAUCAGUACAUCCGACCCAUUUUGGCACUGGAACAGUACAUCAUGGAGGGACGCUACAAUAAGAUUUUCCAAGCAAAUUCUUCAAUGCCCGCCGAGAUCUACAAUUAUUUCAUGGAUCUGCUGGUGGAGACCGUGCGUGAUGAGAUUGGUGCCUGCAUUGAAAUGUCCUACGAGAAAAUCUCUGCCAAGGAUGCCGCAAAGCGACUCAAUCUUCGUGUGCCGGACGAGAUCAAAGCCUUUGGCGAGAAACGCCAGUGGAAACUGGAAGGCAAUGGAAAUUACAGUUUCACCGAUCGAAGCAUCAAGCCCAAGGAGCUGCUGCCAUCGGAAGAACUGGCGGAACAGGUGCUCAGCUAUGCGCGUGAUUUGGAGAUGAUAGUCUAACAUCAUUGUAACUAUAAUAAAUACUUCAAUAAUACAUUAAAUAAAGUAAAAAUUAAAUUGUAA